AUGGACAGUGUGAAGGUUGCAUGCUUGGUAGCUGUGCUGGUGGCCAUGGUGUUUGUGGUCGAUGGGGCGGUGUCUUGCGGCACCGUUGAUUCCUCACUCAUUCCCUGCAUAAAUUACUUGACAAGUGGUGGCACGGUGCCCCCACCGUGCUGCAACGGGGUGAGGUCUGUGAAUGGGAUGGCUCAGACGACGCCCGACAAACAGGCAGUUUGCGGGUGCUUGAAGCAGGCGACAACGACAAUCAACGGGAUAAAUAACAACAGGUUGCAGAGCCUGCCUGGGGACUGUGGGGUUGAUAUCCCUUUCACUAUCUCUGUUAGCACGGAUUGCACCAAGAUCAAGUGA